AGAAUGUGAGAAGGUGGAAGGAGGGAGAGAAGAAGGAAAGAAGGAGGGAGGCAGAAGAAAAGAGGAAAGAAGGGAUAAAUAAGUCAAACAGAGAUAUUGAAGGAUAAUCCAUCAUCCAUUCAUUCAACAAAGAUCUGUUGAGUUCCUAUCGGGCUCCAUUCUAGGCACCACGGAUACAAUUAACAAGUUCAAGUCACUGGCAACUGACUCCCAGCACUUCCAGACCGAAAUAAGGCUGAGCCACAAGACGGCAGAAACGAUUCUUGUCAGCUGAGGCCAGAGCUGGCUGUAGGGCACUCCUUGCUUGCUGACUGCUGACCGUCUGCCCAGGCACCGACCACUCUGCUUUCCAACAGGGGUGUUAAUCUUGAGGGUCUGACAUCCGGUCCUGCUCAGGAUGAUCCCCAAGGAGCAGAAGGGGCCAGUGAUGGCUGCCAUGGGGGACCUUGCUGGACCAGUCCCUUUGCUGGACCUGGGCAAGAAGCUGAGUGUGCCCCAGGACUUGAUGAUGGAGGAGCUAUCAUUACGCAACAACCGGGGAUCCCUCCUCUUCCAGAAGCGGCAGCGCCGGGUGCAGAAAUUCAUCUUUGAGUUUGCAGCCAGCCAGCAGGCGGUCCCGGGCGGAGGCGACAAGGGGAAGGUGACCGGAACAGCGGAGCCCGGGACGGUUGCAAAAGGCCCUGACGGGGAGAACUACCGCCCGGAGCUCCACAUCUUCUCUGCCUCGCCUGGGGGUCCAGCGGACGCCCGGGCGGCAGCUCCCCCGGCGGAGUGCGCCCGGAGCCCCAGGGCCCUGGCACCAGGCUAUGCUGAGCCACUGAAGGAAGUCCCGCGCGAGAAGUUCAACCACACGGCCAUCCCCAAGGGCUACCGCUGCCCUUGGCAGGAGUUCAUCAGCUGCAGGGACUACAAGGGCGAUGGCCGAAGUCACAUCAGGAGCCUGGUGGAGUACCGGAAUUUCAACAAAAAGGAUGGGGCAGGAGCUCCAGUUCUUCCUAUUCUGUCGGUGCAGAGACCUGCUCAGAAGUAUCGACAACCUGCCCAACAUCACAAAGCAAGGAAAGCAGGAGGUCUGGGACCCAAACCUGGUGCGUCUGACUCCAGGCCUAAUUUCUUGCUCUCCAUCACUGUUGUGUGCCACUUCUUUGAUGUACGUUGAGGUGUAUGUCCUUUCCUGGGUGGGAGACCCAGUCCUAGACCAGUUCAACCUUUUCUUCACUUUUAUCAGUGGCCUGGAAGAGGCAUAGAAAAUGGCUUUGAAGCUGUACAAAAGUGGACAUCCGAGGUGAGAGCCACAGAAGAGUAUGGCUCAUGUUGUUUAGAGCAUGGGGCCUCAACAUGGGCCUAAAUGCAGACUCUUCGCCUUGCUGUGUGACCUUGGGCAAAUAACUUAACCUCUCUGAGCCUCCAUUUCCCCAUCUGUGAAGUGAGACUAUAAUAGUACUUACUUCAUAAGAUUGUUGUGAGGAUGGCAUGAGAUGCCACAGGCAGUUUCUGGCAAGUAAAAAGCUCUCA